GUUUAAUAUGGAAGAAAUAUCGCGAAAUCAACACAUUUUGGGCUUGUGUAUUUACGAAAAGUUGUAUUAAUGGCGGUCUCGAGAAAUGACGAACAUGCAUCGAUGUUACGUAUCGAAAAGUUUAGCGGAGAGAACUUUCACCUUUGGAAAUUUAAAAUGCAAAUGGUCCUUGAAGAUAAGGAUCUUUGGGGCAUUGUUAAAGGCGAUGAGGUAGAACCUACAGACGAAGGAACUACUGAAACUCAGCGUCGGCAAUUUCAAAGGCGGGAAAGAAAAGCGUUCGCUACGAUUUGUUUAUCUUUGGGAGAUGAACAGUUGUCUUUGGUUCGCUCAGCUACAACAGCAAAGGAUGCAUGGUCAAAAUUGGAAUGCCAUUAUGAAGUGAAGUCCUUGGCAAAUAAAUUAUUCUUGCGUAAAAAGUAUUUUACUAUGUCUAUGGGGGUUGAUGAGUCAAUGAGUGAACACAUCAACAAGAUGAAAGAGCUAGCAGGUCAAUUGGAAGCUGUUGGUGCCUCGAUCACAGAAGAGGACCAAGUUGCAACGCUAUUGUGUAGUCUACCUGAUUCAUAUGAUAGUUUAAUUACAGCUUUAGAAUCCCGUGCUGGUGAUUUAUCUUUGGUAUUUGUUACUGCAAGGUUAUUUCAUGAGGAACACAAGCGAAAAGAGACAAUACCAACCUCUGAUUGUGGAGAGAAAGCUCUGUUAUCAACAAAGUAUGAUCAAGUAAAUCUAAGAAACCCGAAACCUAAGAGAAAGGGUAAAUGUCAUAACUGCGGAAUACCAGGACAUUGGGCUAGAGAAUGCCGUAAACCGAAGAGGGGCGGAUCGGGUGAAGUAAAAGGAAAGAAAGACAGUUCAUCGUACAGUGCAACUACAGAACAUGCAUCAUUUUGGUCAUCAGAACAUGUGAAUUGCAAGGAUUCAACAUGGUACAUUGACUCGGGUGCUUCACAGCACAUGUCAUAUGAUAAGGAAAUGAUGGUUGAUUAUGUUCAUUUUGUAAACCCACAAAGAGUUCGUUUGGGUGAUAAUCGAGUAGUCGAAGCAUUGGGAAAAGGAACAGUCUGGCUUAAUAUUAAAGCUGAAAAUGAUUAUAAACCGGCUAGAUUGGUUGACGUCCUAUAUGUUCCAGAUUUAGCAAAGAAUCUCUUCUCGGUAAGCGUUGUUGCUAAGCGAGGAUAUUCAGUUGAGCUUCAACAGAGUGGCUGUGUUAUUCUUGAUAAAUGUGGAACUAUUUUGGGAUCUGGUAAAAUGCAAAACAAUCUAUAUGUCCUUGAUAUCAGUGAAAAGAAAGUGGACUGUCAUGAUGUUAAUGCUGCUACCAAUGAGCAUCUGGAGGAUUUAUGGCAUCAGAGAUAUGGGCAUUUGAGUAUGAAGAAUUUACGAUUGUUGCGAGAUCAGAAGUUAGUGACUGGAUUGGACUUCCAAUCUACUAAAGAAUCUGACUUUUGUGAGGGUUGUGCACAAGGUAAACAAAAGAGAGCACCAUUUCCUAAAGAACAAGCAACUCGAGCCAGUGAAAUUCUCGGAAUUAUUCACAGUGAUGUUUGUGGACCAAUGCAAGAGAACAGUCUCGGUGGUAAUAAAUACUUUGUGACUUUUAUUGAUGAUAAAUCGAGAUUCACAGCAGUUUAUUUCAUGAAAACCAAGGAUCAAGUACUUGAUAAAUUUAAAGAAUACGAAGCAAUGGUCACUAAUAUCACAGGAAAGAAAAUCAAGAUUCUUCCACGACGUUCAACGCGCAUACGAGAACCACCAGAUAGACAUGGUGUAGUAAUUACUGGCAAUUGGUGGCAAAAUAAUGUUGCGUGUAUUAAUAGCGAGUUCAGUCCAGAAGAGCCUACAACUAUAAGGGAAGCUCUAAAUUGUUCAGAUAAAGAAAAAUGGAAACAAGCUCUGGACAAUGAAUAUUCAGCUCAUAUUAAGAACAAUACAUGGACAUUAGGGAAUCUGCCUGAGGGUCGUAAAGCUAUUGAUUGUCGAUGGGUAUUUAAAGUUAAAUACAAUGCGGAUGGGUCUGUAGAGCGCCACAAAGCUCGUUUAGUUGCGAAAGGAUACUCACAAGAACCUGGAUUAGAUUAUGAUGAAACCUUUUCCCCUGUAGCGAAGUAUACAUCUAUUCGUUCACUAUUGGCAAUUGCUAACCAGUUAGAUUUAGAAGUACAUCAAAUGGACGUUUCUACGGCGUUCUUGAACGGUGAAUUGGAAGAAGAAAUAUACAUGAAGCAACCAGAAGGAUACGUGAAAGAAGGUGAGGAAGAUUUAGUUUGCAAAUUAAACAAGAGUAUCUACGGCUUGAAGCAGUCAUCAAGGUGUUGGUACAACACGAUCGAUCAAUUCUUAAAGAAUUCCGGCUAUGUACAAUCAAGCUCGGAUCCUUGUCUGUACAUUAAGCGAGAGGGAGAUGAUAUCAUGCUCAUAGCCUUGUACGUCGAUGACUUGAUACCAGCUAGUAAUAGUAAGAGAAUGCUUCAUAAAGAGAAAGAAGCAUUGAGAAAGCGUUUCGAAAUGAAAGAUCUCGGUGAAGUUCAUUAUUGCCUUGGUAUUCAAGUAGAACGAGAUAGAAACAAGAAACGAAUGAGAUUACAUCAAUCACAGUAUCUCACGAACUUGUCAAAGAAGUUUGGAAUGGAGGAAUGCAAACCAGCUGCAACGCCUGUUGAUCAAGGCACUAAAUUACUACCUAACGAAGGAGAACCAGUUGAGAAAACCAAGUAUCAAGCCUUAAUCGGGGGAUUAACUUAUGCGGUAACUGGUACUAGACCUGACCUUGCUCAAGCGUUAGGAUUGGUUACGUUAGGAUUGGUUAAUCAAUUUUGUUCAAACCCAGGAGUUGAACACUGGACAGCAGCUAAACGUAUUUUACGAUACAUCAAAGGAACAAUUGAUUACGGAAUUACAUUCGAUGGAAACAAAGAAACUGAAGUACAGUGGAAUGGUUAUGUUGAUGCUGAUUGGGGAAGUAAUCCAAACGGACGGAAAUCGCAAUCAGGAUAUUUGUUUACACUGUGUGGAGGAGUAAUCAGUUGGGCUAGUAAGAAACAAAGUGUUGUCGCACUUUCUUCAACUGAAGCGGAGUAUGUCGCUGCAUCGUUAGCGUGUCAGGAAGCAGUUUGGUUACGUGUGUUACUCGAAGAUAUCAGUUUUGUUCAAAACAAGCCAACGAUGAUCAAAGAGGAUAAUCAAGGUGCAAUAGCUUUGUCAAAGAAUCCAAAGUAUCAUCCCAGAACAAAGCAUAUUGAUAUAAAGCACCAUUUCAUUCGUGACAAAGUUGCAAAGAAGGAAGUUGUUCUAGACUAUUGUCCUACAGAACAAAUGUUAGCGGACUUGUUAACUAAACCAUUAGGGAAAACAUUGUUUCAACGUUUUAGAGAACUGAUGGGAGUUAGAAGCAAUCUUUAG